CCCACUUCUACCAUGGACCCCCCAUUGUGGCUUUCCUCUCAGAGCCUAUGAAACUGGUAGAUUAGCCAGGAACAAUGCCCCAGACCCCCACAAGACUAACCAGCCCAUAUGGUUCUGAUAGGUUGGUACAGUUAGCUGCUAGGCUCAGGCCUGCACUGUGUGAUACCCUGAUCACAGUAGGGGGCCUGGAGUUCCCGGCCCACAGCCUAGUGCUGGCAGGCGCAAGCCCAAGGCUGGGCUGCAGGGGCCGGUGGGCUCUGGUUGAAGACAUAAGCCCUUCCACCUUUGCUCAGCUUCUGACCUUUGUCUAUGGCGAGAGUGUAGAGCUACAGCCUGGGGAGCUGGGGAACCUCGAAGAGGCAGCCAGAGCCUUGGGGGUACAGGCCUUGGAAGAGGCAUGUAAGAGAGCUCAAAGGGGCAAGAAUGAAGAUGAGCUGGAUCCAGGACUGAAGAGGCACCAGCAACCAGAAGACUUCAUGAGGGGCUCUGAGAGCAGACUUGGGAGUCCUGGAGAGAAACAGAAACCAGAGAAGGAUUUUAGAAGUAAUGGGAGAGAACAGGAGAUGUCACACAAGCAUAAAGCACCUGGAGAGAGGCCUGAGAUGGCAGGAGUAACUAGGAUGAUGAGCUCAGAGGAGGUCACGCGAGGUAUCGCGAGCCACAAGGGCUCUGAGGAGAGUCUUUGUGGGUGCCCUGGUCCCCUUUCCCCACCAGGUCCCCUCCUAACUAGCCUCAUCCCCAGGCCCUGGUGGGCUGAAGUCCCUAGGUUGGGGGAGGGCCAACCGGCCUUGUGGAGCAUCUUGUUGUGGCCGUCCAGAUACGGUGCUCCCUUCUCCCAUAGUACCCCCAUCACUGCGGCCUGGCAGGUCUGGCCUCAAGAUCAGAGGAUCCCACUGACCUUGAACCACUCCAAAGCCCUCUGGAGUCAGAAUCAGCUGGCUUCCUCUAGCCCCACUCCAGGUAAGCCCCUCAGCAUUCCACACAGGGCUUCUCCUUGGGAGACAGAAGCAUCUGGGCAAGGGUACACAGGCACACUGGCAACCUGUGUGAGUCAAGAGCGCACACUGAACUGCCCAUCUCACCAACACCCUCCUUUACCCUCUCCUGCUCGCUCUCGGCCCUAUUCUUGCUCUGUCUGUGGAAAGCGAUUUUCACUCAAGCAUCAGAUGGAGACACAUUACCGAGUCCACACAGGAGAGAAGCCCUUCUCCUGUAGCCUCUGUCCUCAGCGCUCCCGGGAUUUCUCUGCCAUGACCAAGCACCUGAGGACACAUGGGGUUGCUCCCUAUCGCUGCCCUCUGUGCAGGGCUGGCUGCCCUAGCCUGGCCUCCAUGCAGGCGCACAUGCGUGGCCACUCGCCCAGCCGGCUGCCGCCUGGAUGGACCAUACGCUCCACCUUCCUCUACUCUUCCUCGAAGCCGACCCGGGCCUCCAUCUCUCCCGGUAGUCCUACCUCCUCUGCUGCCACCUGA